UACGGGUUAUGGAAAGUAGGCUUGGAACAAGUUGCAAAUAAUAGAGGGAGUAAAAUAUCUUAUCCCCAAAUUAAGUCAAAUUUGUUCACCUCACAAUCACUUUGCAAUCAAUCCACUUUGUGGCUAAUAAUCCUCAUGUCUACUCAACCAUAAUUCCUCUCCAUAAGGUCAUCUUCUUCUAAUCUCCUGUUUUGUUUCUUCAUUAAAACCCUAAUUUUAUUCCUCUUUUUUAGGGUUUACUUUAGUUUCAAUUUGAGUAUGAUUCCGAUUCGUUAAAAGUAAUUAGAAUUGAAAUUGAAAGCUGUGAUCUUCAAUUUAUGAAUUAUAUGUUUCGCCUUUUGCGUCUUGAGUUGAUUAACGAGUAGAAAUCAUUAGGGUUUUGACUUUUGAUUUUAGUUGACCUGUGUAAUUUGAGUGUUUGUUUGCAAUGGGAGAUGAGACACAGACACCACAGAAUGUAAUGAAUCUAGACCUUAAUUUAGGACCUGUUGAGACUGAUCCUGUAGGGGGUUUGAAUUUGGAAAAUUGGUUAGAUGGGCCUGCUGCGGGUGACUCGUUUGGGCCGAGGCCCAUGGCUCGGCGGAGACGGUGGCGGUCCAUUUGGAGACCUGUCGCCGGUGAGGGAAGUGUGGCGGCUGCUGACCAAAGACCGCCACCACCACCAUCACCACCGGAGUUGACCAAAACGUGUGAUAACGGGGAUGAAGAAAACGAGUUGGUGGAUGGGAACGGAGAUGGUGUGACGAAUAACGAAAGUGAAGGCGGUUUUUUCGAUUGUAAUAUUUGUUUGGAUAUGGCAAGUGACCCGGUUGUGACUUACUGUGGGCAUUUGUUUUGUUGGCCGUGUCUUUAUCGGUGGUUACAUAUUCACUCUGACGUAAAGGAAUGCCCGAUUUGCAAAGGGGAAAUGACGAUGAAAACAGUAACUCCUAUCUACGGGCGUGGAAACCCGACCCGUGUAGUUGAGGAAGAUUCCAGUUUAAAGAUCCCUAACAGACCCCAAGCGAAAAGAGUCGAGAGUUUUAGACAAACUAUUCAAAGAAACGUCUUUACUAUGCCGAUGGAGGAAAUGAUUCGUAGGCUCGGGAGUAGAUUUGAUCUGACCCGAGAUUUGUUUCAGGGUCAUUCGUUUCUUUCUGAAAACAGCUCGUUGUUAAAUCGGUAUUUAGCUUCUAGAAGAUUAAGAACAGAUCAAGAUCAAGAUCAUAAUCAAAAUCAAAAUCAAAAUCCCACGUUGGUUGAGACAUUUCAUGGUCGUCAGGAACCGGCUCCAUCAAUGGAGGAUCGAGAUUCUGUGUCGAGUAUUGCUGCUGUUAUACAGUCUGAGAGCCAAACAGUGGAUACUGCAGUUGAAAUCGAUUCACGGGUAUCAUUAUCUACUUCGUCGUCUAGAAGAAGAAGCGAAUCCUCAAGGGUAUCGGAUGUUGACAGUGGAGAUUCUCGUGCUACAAGAAGGCGGCGUUUGUUUUAAAAAAAAACAAGCAUUUCAUUGAUCAUUGGCGUUUAUUGUGCAAACCAGAUUCACUCUAGUGAGUUAUUAGUCUAACUAUGUUUAAUAUGUCGUUAAAUGUGUUUCUUUUUAACGGUUUUGGCCCGUUUAUGGUGAUAAGAAUGUGACUGCGCAUCUGUCUGCAAACGCCAAACGGGCCGGUUUUUGUAAAUACUUCCUUUAGCUUUUUCUUCAUAAAAUGUGCUUCUUGUGCUGAAUAAGUUCUGAUCU